ACUGCUUAACGUGACAGAGAUGUACCUUGCCCAAUGUGGACAGCACCCCCGCCAGGUGGACAUCCCUGACAAGCGGGACCUGAAGAUGGUCAGUGGAUACGACCUCCUGGACAAACUGUCCCGGCGCCGGAUGUACGCCCGCUCCAACGUCCGGGAAAAGUCUUCCCUGUCCGACCACUGCGACCAGCAGGACAUCAUCAUCAGUCUGGACGGCGUGGGGAUAGAGGUGGAGGGCCUCGGACUGAUGGAGCGAACCAGCAUGGACCAUCGGCGCUCCCGGACCAUGCCCAGCUGGUUCGAGGAUAACAGGUCGUCUUACCAGCACCACGCGGACUAUCUAAAGAAGCUCUCCACUCUACGGGAGGAACUUAUUCUACAGGAACAAAACCACCUAGCCAACGCACUAGACAGGUUGCGCAUGCGUCAGUAUGGUAAAGACAAUGCGCUUGCGCGGAGUAGGCCGAAGGAGUACCCGCCGGACACCCGUCGAUCUCUUGUGACCACCAUUGAACAUUUCCAGAAAAUGAGACCAAAGAAAUCUCCUCCACAUAUAUCCCCGCUAGAGGGAAAACAGAUCCUAGAACCACAAACUUACAAACCGUCCAGAAGUCCACAGCUUUCAGACAAGGCUAUGGCGUCCCAGCGACUGCUGGAUGACAAUAUACGAUCAAAUCUCCAGAGGAUACCGCAAACAAUCGCCCAGCCGACAUCGAGUAUCCCUAACAUAGGACGCAAGUCAAUCUCAAAGAGCAAAGAACUGGUGUUGGAUGGUUCCCCGAUCCACAAACGGCGACCCGCGCCGUCACGAGAGGGCAGAGAUCAACCGGAAGUCAAUCCAUUCAAGGCCGUUUACAAGGGUAAUAACGGAGCGCGUCUACGGCGACUAGUGAGACCAGACUCUGAUGAGCUGGACUUGCGUGCUCACGCAAUUAAGUUUGAAAGUUUAAGUGAUAAAGACAGAAUAAAUUUGGACAAACUGAAGGAGUUAUACUGCAUAUACUAUCUUCCCACGAAUACACCUACAAACGCUUCAGACGACGAGGAUUCGUUCGAUUUACCGGAGGACAGACUGGGGCAGGAACCCGUCAGCUUUCAGCACGACAAAAAGAAACGUUUGACUCUGUUAGAGGGUAAAGCCAGAUUAUCCCAUCCUGAGGGAGGAGGGGACAUGUCUCCGCGGAAACAUCCGGUAGAACAAAACAGUAAUAGAUUUUCGGACGACCUGACGUUAAACGGUCAGGGAUUCCGAGACCAUGACGUCACGCCGCCGGCGGAGGGAGAGGGGUUUUCUAUAUAUGGCGAUACAAUAUCUCAUCCCCAGAGGAAACAAAUCGUCGUAGACAUGCCAUCCAUUGUUUUUAAUAAUGCUACGCCGGUGCAUGACGAGUCCGAGGUUUUGGAGCGGAAGCGGCGAUCCGUGCUCCGUAAGACGUUCAAACAGAACGAGAUCCGACAGCGAGAACUACGCAAUCUCAUCGAUGACGUACGAGAAUUGAACAAGCGCAGUGACGAACUCAAUGAGUCGAUUAAGUCCGCAUCGGACUAAAACUAAGUGAAAUUGGCUGGACUAUGUUUUCCAAUAUGCCAGACACAUCACGUUACAAAAUAACUAUGUUUAGCAAUGCCAUGCUUCAUCUAGUCAUUCCAAAGUUGCAUUACAUUUAUUUAUUUAUGAUUUUUGUACAUUCAUAUGAAAAAUGAAUUUCCUGACUUUUAAUUCCGUAAUAAAAUGCUUAGAAUACUUGUA